UUUCUUUCUUUCUCAACUAUAUUCCACUCUCUACUUUUUUUUACGUCAAAACACACACUCACACCAACACACACUCACUCACACACAUAUCAUAACAACACACACUCACCCACACACACAUAAUACACACACAUUCUUCAUAACAACAACGACAAACAAAAAAAAAAGUUGGGGAAAAGCAAAUUUCUUGUGACUACACAUACACAACGUAAUUCUCACCUUCAUUCCCCCACACAAACACACACAUAUAUAAAUUAAAAAAAUAUAUACAUAUAUAAUAAUAUAAAUAUACCUCUAGAGAUAAAACAGUGUUUGUGGGUUUUUGUAACUUGGGUUUCUUGUAAUGGAAAUGACGAGAGAAGGGGGAUCAUCGUCGGCGCCGGCUCCGGCAGGAGAAGCCGGCGGAAGAAGGAAACCAUCAUGGAGAGAGAAAGAGAAUAAUCGCCGGCGGGAGAGACGCCGGCGAGCAAUUGCGGCGAAUAUAUAUAAUGGGUUAAGAGCACAGGGGAAUUAUAAUUUGCCAAAACAUUGUGAUAACAAUGAAGUGUUGAAAGCUCUUUGUAAAGAAGCUGGCUGGGUUGUUCUUCCUGAUGGUACUACUUUUCGCAAGGGUUCUAGGCCACCAUUGCCUGCUAUUGAAACUGGAGGUACAUCAACCAACACAACACCAUGUUCUUCUCAAAAACCGAGCCCACCGUCUUCUUCAUUUGUGAGUCCGAUCCCCUCGUAUCAAUGCAGUCCUUCAUCAUCGUCCUUCCCUAGCCCAUCGAACUUCGACAUGAACAAAAACCCGUUUGCUUAUCUGCAUAAUACAAUUCCAUCCUCACUCCCUCCUCUGCGUAUCUCAAACAGUGCCCCAGUGACCCCGCCGCUCUCAUCCCCUACUUCAAAGUGUCCAAAACCAAACAAUUUCAGCUGGGAGUCAUUUACCAAACAGUCAAUUUCGCAAUUCAAUUUGCCAUUUUUCGCGUCUUCUGCGCCUACCAGUCCUACUAGGUACCAACGGGUCACUCCUGCUACUAUACCCGAGUGUGAUGAAUCUGAUUGCUCUACUAUCGACUCGUGCCAGUGGGUUAGGUUCAAGAACUAUGAGCCGAUGUUGACCAACCCCAACUCACCAACUUAUAACCUGGUGAAACCAAUGGCUUCAAUGUCUGCAGUUAAAGAUGCUGGCUGUGAUAAAGGAAAAGGGAAAGGUAUGGAGUUUGAGUUUGAGAAUGGUGGAGUUAAGGCGUGGGAAGGCGAGAGGAUUCAUGAUGUUGGAUUGGAUGAUCUUGAGCUUACUCUUGGAAGUGGAACUACAAAAAUAUAAUGUGUGAAUUGAGUUAUGCUUAUUCUAAAGAUUUUACAGUUUAGAGGUUAGCAUAUCAGUGAAUUUUCUUGAAGAUGCACAUUAAAACUAGUAGGAGAUUUAUAUUUGGAUUUUUAUAUUCAAUCAAUUGAUUGCAGACCCAUUUUACAUUUGCGAGAAAGACUGGAUCAUUUCAACAGUUUCAUCAAAAAAGUAUUAAUGGAUGUUGUGUUUCUUGCUUUCUUGUCAAAGUUUA